AUGGCUGUGCUCUCCAUAGAUACUAAGGAUGCGGAGGGAAAGGCAGAAAUCAAAAGCAGCCAGGAUGAGCAUCAGGAAGAUGAUGAACUACUUGCAAACUGCGAAAACCAAGAUGGAAAGGUGCUGAUGGAGUCAAGUGAACAAGAAGAAAAUGACACAGAGAUUGACAACAAGAAAGAAAUCCAGGGUCAUGAAGAAGAGCAUGCCGAGCUUGGUGAGCAAAUCCAGGUGUCUGAAAGAUCUGAUGACGCCGGGCUACCUGAUCCCAAAGACGACGAUGAAAAACAGAGCAGUGAGAUCCCAGAGAAGAAACAAACACAGAGCCACAAAGACGCUCAGGACGCUGAAACACAAAACCACGACUCUGGCAAAGACGACGCCCUCCAGAUCCGAGCACCACCUGAGGAAAACCUCCAGCUGGGCAGCAGCUGCUCUCCUCCUCCCGCUCGGGUCCCACCUGAGGACCUGCCCGAGUGCAAACCCCCAGAGAAUCCCGAACUCGCAGAAGUCCUCCAGAUGCCGGCAGGGCUCCCAGAAGGUGAACCUGCGGAGAAACUGAAGACCAGCAGCCAGGGGUCCCCCUCGGUCUCCUCGGGGGAGUUACACAAGGACGACAACGGAUCUGACCCACAGACCACAUGCGUCCACUGGAGGCAGGCCUUCCGCUGGGCCCGGAAACGAGUCCUGGCAUGCUUGGGGAGCAGAGGGGCGGUCAGGAGCACACGAGUCACCCCCGUCAGGAAAAGUCGGCCCAGCCCCGUAGAAACCCAGCCCGAAGAAACCCUCGCUGCCCUAAGCACCGACCCGGUGCGAUGGCCCCACUUAUAGUGGUAUAGCUUUAUUAUUUUUAAUAAAAUAAGCUUUCUUGUUCUCCGUGUCUGCUUCCUCCAGCACAUCUCGAUGCAGGCCGAAAGGAGCCAUGCUGUGUAGCGGGCAGCCGGUGCCUCCUGGAGCGAAGGUGGCUGCUGCUCUCCUUCCUCCCUGCUGCCCAGGUUUUCCUCAGUCUCAACUUCAGCCACUUCAGGGAUUCAUCCUGCUUGGUCACUACGUCACGUCCCCAGGUUUAGAAAGCACCAGCACAACCAUCAGACCUCACCAGGGUGCUCUCUGGUGAUUUCCCAGGGCCUGAGCAAGCGGCCGUGCAGAUCCGGUCACUCAGGAAGCUGACUCCAGUGGACAGAUUUUGGGGCGUGCAGAAAGCAGUUCUCAUGGUCUCGGGGCACCAGGCCGCUUCUGGCAUCUUGGUGACUCCCAAAAGCAACAGAGAUCUUCAUCCAUUUCUCCUUAAGGUGAACGGGGAGAAAGUCUUGGUGGCAAGGGGUGGUGGUGGCAUGAGACACUCAGAGCCACUAUAGGGAAGGCGACAGCCUCAAUCCUGGUCCCUUAAUCCGUGGCUCAGGGGUUGUGUUUACUCUGAGGCACACAGGGACUCAAAGGCUCCUAUGGCCAAAACAACACAGUAAACAAGCUCUUGGGCCUUACAGAUGUCAAACUAUUUAUUGCUUACAUAAAAAUAUCCCUGUUUCCUCCCCUAAUUUUUGUUACUUUCCAUACAUAACAGAUAUGAACAACAAAAUAUGACGCAAACUUAUUAAUAAAGAAAUCUCAGCUGUGCUCAGUAAGACACUCCUGCAACUCCAGCUACUCUGGAGGACAAGGCAGGGGCAUCCAAGUCCAAGGCAAAUCAGUGACAGCCUCUCUGUGAUCAAAAGAGAAAAUGGGGUGGGGAUAGAGCUCAGUGGUAGGGCGAGGUCUCUGGCUUAGUUCCUCUACACACACACACACACAAAGUUGUGGGCUCGAGGAACAAGGUCCGGAAUGACCAAGCAGACUCCAGGGAGUUUUCUGGAACUCUUCCGCUUUAUUCAGGAAGUGCACAGGCUUAUAUAGGAUAAGGCGGGGUGGAGCCAGGAUGGUGCUAUUG